GGGGAAGAUUCAGAUAAGCUACCCUCAGAAAAAAUAUACAAUGAACUGGACAAUAGCUUAGACUGUACCGGAGUAACCGGUGGAAAGGGAUCUAUAAAGCCGGACAAAGAGAUUUUAAGGAUAAGAUUACUAAUCAAGGAGGUUUAUGAUUCGACUUUGGCCAGUGAAAUUUUACGAGGCUAUUGUUAUGCGUGUACCAAGAACAGGGAUAAAGCGCCCAAUGGUAACUGGUGCCACUUGUUCUAUUAUUGGAUGGGUCAUAAAAUAAAGGGCAAGUUGCCUAAGCAUGGGGAUUUUACAGGUGCCAUGAGAGCAGCUUACCAUUAUCUAGAAAGUCUUAACUAUGAGGAUAAAUGCACUAAUAUAUACAGUGAUAUGGGCGAAGUUGUUUUUGAGAAAAGUAAAAUAAAAUUCGAUAGCGACUAUAAUUAUAAGGUUCUGAGUGAGUUACACGAGGGUAAUAAACAUCCGCGCUGUCAUGAGUAUAACGGAAAUCUGGAAGCAGUUAAAUCUGCAUAUUUAUCAUUAUGUAAUACUUGUGAUGACAGUGAUGAUAAGUACUGUUUAGGUUUUAAAAGACAAUACAACAGUGGAAGGAGUUGUAAGUCAUGGAACCCACCACAACUAACAUGCACCCCAGAUCCAGCAUCAGUUUUAGGAAGUUCAAUAAAUGAAGACAAUGCCAAUGGGGUAGCUGUAACUCGUGGAGUGGAAGAAGAAAAAGGAAGGAAAAAAAGGAAGGAAAAAAAGAAAGGAAAGGGAAGGGAAGGAAAGAAAGGGGCAGGGUGGGAUCAGAAGGUGAAGAAGAAUCAUCAGAUCCACAGGGUCUACCAGGUGAGACAAAAAAAGAGGAAAGAAGUAACAAAUAUGUGUAUAAUUAGAAAUAUAUAUUAUUACACAAAAAAGAGGAAAGAGUUUAGAGAAGGAGUUUAA